AUGCAAGCCGCACCCAACGUGACUAAACUCCCAUCUCCACUCAAUCAGCCCUCUCAUUCUCCCCCUUACCACACACCUACUGGCUCAUCGCACGGUGAGAGUGUGACUGCAGUGGACAUGGACUACGUCUCAUAUAAGCGGGACUCAUAUCAAUCUAAUGGAAGCUCCUCCCUUAGGGUUCCCAGUCUGCCGCCCACUGUGCGGAAAGCCAUUGUCACCAACAAUGCUCGUGUCACGCCGCCUGCAGUCAGCAAAUUUGCAAGCAAUACACCUCCCCUGCAGGCCAUGAAGACCCGAACUCCCGACAAGUCGCUGCCUGUCCACGAAGAGCCAGAAGACGAUAUCGCAACCUCUAAGAACGGCGACGACUAUGCUCAUGGGAAUGACUAUAAUGAGGAUGGUGAUAAUGACACUCUCAUAGAAAAUGACAAUGACUUUCCUGUCGACGCUUACCCGAACCAUACUCUGCCAGGUAAUACCCCACGCAGCCUGCAAAUGCGCCUCUCAAGCCUCAUAAAGCACCACCGCAAUGGCAGCACAGACCGUCUUGGCCUCCGAAGCUUCGACACAGCCGUCUUUGAAAAGCCUCCCACCAGGUUUACUGAGGAGCGCCGUGAAUUGCCUGCACUUCCGGUGAUCAUCACUUAUUCGUUGAUGUCGUUUGCUCAGUUCCCUGCAUUUUGGCACACGACCUGCAGUCUCCAUAUGUUUGCAGUUUCUGUUGUCAAGAAGUAG